AUGACUACUUUCAGCUAUAAAACCAAAUAACUAAAAUUCACAUUGGCUUCAAAUCAAGUCUAAAAAAUAAAUUUAGAAGAGAGGAAUAACCUCCUAUAUUUUCAUUUAAGGGCAAACUAUAAUACAUUAACUCAAUACUCCCACUUUAUUCUUAGAGUUUCAGAUUAUAAUGGACCUUCGUGGGAUAAUCCUUGUUCAUCUGGAGGAAUACAAACAGAAGAUACUACUUCUUACUCUACUUAUAAUAUUGGGAGUAAUGGAAUAAAUGGUGAUCAACAAGGUAUUUGGCAAUCAGUGUCAUUUUAUCACUAAGCUACACCAAAUGUGAAUGUUUUAAGAUAUUUGAGCAACAAUCAAAAUGUAAAGAUUUAUUAUGCCACUAAAACUGCUGGUGAUUUUAGGAAAAUCUAUGGAACUUGCAGAUUCUAUUCAAACCCAGCAGCUCCUAUUGUAUAAAAUAGAACUGGCUAGCCAAUAGAUUCUUAAAAUGGAGGCAUUAGUAUUGGAAGCAAAAGAUACUUUAUUUAACUUGAAUAAUUCAUAUAAUGCAGUGGAUAUCCUCUUACAACUGAGAUGAAACUAUCUUCUAAUCAGCCAUUACCUUCUUUCAUUAAGUUUGAUCCUAUCCUGUUUACACUUACAAUCACCCCGAAUUAAGCCAGUGCUGAAGGUAUCUUAAAUUUAGUUUACUCAGCUUUUAUCAUUGAAUCAUCAGGAUAUUCUAACUCUACAAACAUUUAAAUUGAGUUUUUGCCUAACUCUCCUCCAAAAGCAAUAUAAAACUUUUAAACUGAUAUUGUAAUUUUUGCUCAUUGA